AUGUCGCUUCUGGGGACUUUUAACCAGAGCGUCACCACCGAGUCUGUCUCGGUGGCUCGCGAAAUCCAACACCACGACCCCGCCAACAGUCUUAGCAGCGAGGACACUGCCCUCGAGCCGACCGAGGUCGGCAACAAAGAGGUGAUUGAGGCCGAGGUCGGUCGCCUGGCCCGCCAGCUCACCCGCGAAUCUACCCGCUAUGCCGAAGGCGAGAACACUUUCCUCGAGUCCAAGGACGAUUCGACCCUCAACCCGCACAGCCCGAACUUCAAGGCCCGCAAUUGGAUGAAGAACUUACUGGCCAUUACCUCUCGCGACCCCGAACGCUACCCGGCGCGCCAGGCUGGUGUCUCCUUUCGCAACCUCAGCGUGCACGGAUACGGUAGCCCCACGGAUUACCAGAAGGACGUGUUCAACUCCGUCCUGGAGGUGGGUGCUCUGGCCCGCAUGCUCACCGGCACGGGCAAGCAGAAGAUUCAAAUUUUACGCGAAUUCGAUGGCUUGGUCAAGAGCGGCGAGAUGUUGGUCGUCCUGGGCCGUCCGGGUUCCGGAUGCUCGACUUUCCUGAAGACCCUGGCUGGCGAUAUGAACGGUAUUCACAAGGACGACAAAACAUACAUGAACUACCAAGGUAUCUCCGAUAAGGAGAUGAAGAAACAGUUCCGUGGCGAGGCUAUUUACACCGCCGAGACGGACGUUCACUUCCCCCAGCUUUCUGUGGGCGAUACCCUCAAGUUCGCCGCUCUGGCUCGCGCUCCCCGCAACCGUCUGCCAGGCGUCUCUCGCGAUCAGUACGCUGAGCACAUGCGUGACGUUGUCAUGGCUAUGCUUGGUCUCUCACACACAAUAAACACUCGUGUAGGAAACGAUUUCGUCCGUGGUGUGUCUGGUGGUGAGCGCAAGCGUGUCUCCAUUGCCGAGGCUACCCUGUGUCGCAGCCCUCUCCAGUGCUGGGAUAACAGUACCCGUGGUCUGGAUAGUGCCAACGCCCUAGAGUUUUGUAAGACUCUUAACUUGAUGGCCAAGUACACUGGUACUACCUGUGCGGUUGCCAUCUACCAGGCCUCCCAGAGCGCCUACGAUGUCUUUGACAAAGUUACUGUCUUAUAUGAGGGUCGCCAGAUCUACUUCGGUCGUACCGGCGAUGCUAGGGACUUCUUCACCAACAUGGGCUUUGAAUGCCCAGAGCGUCAGACCACCGCCGAUUUCCUGACCUCCCUCACCAGCCCUGCGGAGCGUAUUGUCAAGAAGGGGUUUGAGAACGUCACUCCCCGCACUCCCGACGAGUUUGCUGCCGCCUGGAAGAACAGCCAGGAAUACAAGCGGCUGAUACGUGAGAUUGACGAGUAUGAGCAGUCCUACCCUCUGGCUGGCGAGUCCCGCCAGAAGUUCAUCGAGUCGCGCCGGGCUAUGCAGUCCAAGCACCAGCGCGUUCGCUCUCCCUACACUCUGUCUGUCUGGCAGCAGGUCAACCUCUGCAUGGUCCGUGGCUUCCAGCGUCUCAAGGGCGAUGCUAGCUUGACCCUGUCCCAGUUGAUCGGUAAUUUCAUAAUGGCUCUCAUCAUCGGUUCCGUCUUCUUCAACCUACAGGAAACCACGGAGAGUUUCUAUUCCCGUGGUGCCCUUCUUUUCUUCGCUGUCCUUCUUAACGCCUUCUCCAGUGCUCUGGAGAUCCUGACUCUCUACGCGCAACGUCCUAUUGUCGAAAAACAAUCCCGCUAUGCCAUGUAUCAUCCGUUCGCUGAGGCUAUUGCUUCAAUGCUGUGUGACAUGCCGUAUAAGCUUCUCAACGCCGUGACCUUUAAUGUGACCCUCUAUUUCAUGACCUACUUGCGCCGCACACCUAGCGCGUUCUUCACGUUCCUCGUGUUCUCUUUUUUCACAACCUUGACUAUGUCUAUGAUCUUCCGCACCAUCGCUGCUACCUCUCGCACCCUCUCUCAGGCUCUGGUGCCCGCCGCCGCUUUGAUUCUCGGUCUGGUCAUCUACACUGGCUUCACGAUCCCGCCCCGCAACAUGCUUGGCUGGUCUCGCUGGAUGAACUACCUUGAUCCUAUUGCAUACGGCUUCGAGUCGCUGAUGGUAAAUGAGUUCCAUAACCGCUGGUUCGAGUGUCUUGACGAAUCGAUGAUCCCCACUGGCUCCGGCUAUGAUAAUGUCCCAGCGACAAGUAAGAUCUGCUCGGCGAAGGGCGCUCGCGCUGGUUCUAGCCGUGUUUUUGGUAACGACUACCUCUCCGACAGCUUCCAGUACUCUAACAGCCACAAGUGGCGUAACCUGGGGAUUCUGAUCGGCUUCAUGAUCUUCUUCAUGGCUACCUACCUGAUCGCUACCGAGUACAUUUCCGAGUCCAAGUCCAAGGGUGAGGUCCUGCUUUUCCGUCGUGGUCAUGCCCCUAAGCGCUCCGAGGAAGACGACGUCGAGCAGAGCCACUCCGUCCCCACCAGCGAGAAGACUGAUGAGUCCAGCGGCCAGGGGACUUCCGCCGCUAUCCAGCGCCAGACCGCUGUCUUUCACUGGCAGGAUGUCUGUUACGAUGUCAAGAUCAAGACCGAAGAGCGCCGUAUUUUGGACCACGUCGAUGGUUGGGUCAAGCCCGGUACAUGCACGGCCCUGAUGGGUGUUUCCGGUGCCGGUAAGACUACACUGCUUGAUGUGCUCGCUGCUCGUGUCACUAUGGGUGUUGUCUCUGGUGAGAUGCUCGUUGAUGGUCGCCCACGUGAUCAGUCCUUCCAGCGCAAGACUGGUUAUGUCCAACAGCAGGAUCUCCACCUUUACACUACUACCGUUCGUGAAGCUCUACGUUUCAGUGCCAUUCUCCGUCAGCCCGCCCAUGUUUCCCGUCAGGAGAAGCUUGAUUAUGUUGAAGAGGUUAUCAAGCUCUUGGGCAUGGAGACAUAUGCCGAUGCCAUCGUUGGUGUUCCUGGUGAAGGUCUCAACGUCGAGCAGCGUAAGCGCCUUACUAUCGGUGUGGAGCUCGCUGCUAAGCCCCAGCUGCUUCUGUUUCUGGACGAACCUACUUCUGGUCUUGACUCUCAAACUUCCUGGUCUAUUCUCGACCUUAUCGACACCCUGACCAAGCACGGACAGGCCAUCCUGUGUACCAUUCAUCAGCCCUCCGCUAUGCUCUUCCAGCGCUUCGAUCGUCUCCUUUUCCUCGCCAAGGGUGGCAAGACUGUCUACUUCGGUGAAAUCGGCGAGAAGUCCUCGAUUCUUUCUAGCUACUUCGAACGCAACGGAGCCCCUAAGCUUUCCGCCGAGGCUAACCCUGCCGAGUGGAUGCUCGAGGUUAUUGGUGCCGCACCUGGUUCUCGUAGUGAUAUUGACUGGCCUGCCGUCUGGCGGGAGAGCCCCGAGCGCAGAGGAGUGCAAGAACACCUGGCUGAAUUGAAGGCGACUCUCUCCCAGAAGCCGGUCGAGGAGUCCAGCAACAACCCAGCAAACUUCAAGGAAUUCGCCGCUCCCUUCACCGUCCAGCUCUACGAGUGUCUCGUUCGUAUCUUUAGCCAGUACUGGCGCACUCCCAUCUAUAUUUACUCUAAGACUGCACUUUGCAUCAUCUCGGCUCUUUACAUCGGCUUCUCCUUCUUCCACGCAGAGAACUCCCAGCAGGGUCUCCAGAACCAGAUGUACAGUAUUUUCAUGCUGAUGACCAUCUUCGGUAACCUGGUGCAGCAGAUCAUGCCCCAUUUCGUCACCCAGCGCUCUUUAUACGAAGUGCGCGAGCGUCCCUCGAAGACCUACUCCUGGCAAGCCUUCAUGACGGCGAAUAUUGUCGUUGAACUCCCCUGGAACACUCUUAUGGCCGUCUUUAUCUUCGUCUGCUGGUACUACCCGAUCGGUCUAUACCGUAACGCCGAGGAGGCCGGUAACGUUCACGAGCGUGGUGCGCUGAUGUUCCUGCUCAUCUGGACCUUCAUGCUCUUUACCUCCACCUUUGCGCACAUGGUUAUCGCCGGUAUCGAGCUUGCUGAGACCGGUGGUAAUCUGGCUAAUUUGACCUUCUCGCUUUGCUUGAUUUUCUGCGGUAUCCUUGCCACACCAUCCAAAAUGCCCGGCUUCUGGAUCUUCAUGUACCGCGUCUCGCCCUUCACGUACCUGGUUUCUGCGAUGCUGUCCACUGGUGUCUCCGGCGCCACGGCUACAUGUGAGAGCAUCGAGUACCUACACUUCGAGCCCCCGAGCGGCGAGACCUGCUACUCUUAUAUGGAGCCUUACAUGAAGGUUGCCGGUGGAUACUUACUGGACAACAACGCCACCUCCGACUGCUCUUUCUGUACCAUCAAGGAGACGGACGUUUUCCUUGCCUCUGUGGUCAGCUACUACAAGGAUGCCUGGCGCAACUUUGGCAUCAUGUGGGUGUAUAUCAUUGCCAACAUCUUCUUGGCCGUCUUCAUCUACUGGUUCGUCCGUGUGCCCAAGGGCAGCCGCAACAAGACCUCCAAAUAA